CUCCUACUUUUUCAGUUUAUAUGUUCGGUUUACUUCAACUCGUACCAUUUAACCCUUCAUGGCUUUCCUGUAUUAUUUAUCCAUAUCUCAAGUUGUUCUAAUGGGCUAAGUUCUUUUCGUAAUUCCAACUUCCAAGCUUCAAUCAAAGGCCCAUCCCAAACUUUCUUCUUGGUGUCACUGAAAGAAUUUUCUCUCUGUUGGGAAAUGGAAAUUAGAUAGAAAUGGAAUUUUCAAUCAAAGGCCCAUCACCCUCUAGGGUUUCAAUUUCUUGUUCCAGUUCUUCAUUGUAGCGCCGCUUCUCUCUUGUCCAGCUCCAAUGGCACCCAAGAAGGACAAGGUUCCCCCUCCGUCAUCUAAACCCGCCAAAUCCGGUGGUGGCAAGCAAAAGAAGAAGAAGUGGAGCAAAGGAAAGCAAAAGGAGAAAGUGAACAACAUGGUUCUGUUCGACCAAGCUACCUACGACAAGCUUCUCUCCGAGGCUCCCAAGUUCAAAUUGAUCACCCCUUCUAUCCUCUCCGACCGUUUGAGGAUCAAUGGAUCGCUUGCUCGGAGGGCGAUCAGGGAGUUGAUGGCUAAGGGAACGAUCAGGAUGGUCUCCGCACACUCAAGCCAGCAGAUCUACACUAGGGCUACACACGGCUAGAAUCUUUCGGCUUUGUUUGCUGUUUAUCUGUUUAAAGACCCACUGUUGCUUUAUGAACCAUUUGUCUCUAUAGAAUGCAUUUUCACUUGCUUACCUUGGAAAUUUUCACUGUUUAAUUCUAUGAGAUUAUGGAGACAAAAAUAAUUGUUUUGGGGUUUCUCUUUCAUAUCUUUUGAAGAUUACAAAUAUCUCAACAGAAAUCUUCUCAAAAUUUUAUCAACGAUAAUUUGAG